AUGAAUAUAACUAAAAUUAUUAUUUUUUUAUGGUUCUUGACAAAAGAAAUUAUAUGUUUACCUGGUGACUAUAAAAAUAUAACAGCAAAAGUUUUUGUAAGAAAUGAAACAGUACCUUAUGUCUUUCAUGAAGUUUUAGAUAAAUAUUUUGACUAUGGAUUUGAAUUCAAAAAAAAUGACAAAAAUAUUUCUAAAAUGUUAAAAGAAGACAAAAUAUGUCAAUUUAUAUUUAUUGUUGACUUUAAUACAAUUCCUAUUAAUGAUGAAAAUUACCAGUCAACAUUUAUAUUUUGGAAUACAAAAUAUAAUAAUGUAACUAUAAGAGAUAACAAAAAUAUUUUAUACUUAGAAGACCAAAAUAUAAAUAAUGAUAAUACUUUUGAAAAAAUAAUAAAAAAUAGUUUAAUUUUUAGUAAUGUCAAUGAAAGGUGUACAAUAGAUUUUGAGUUUUCAUUAAAUUACCUUUAUAGAAAAAAAAUUGCAUUAAAAACAGGAUAUAUUAUUUUUAUUUUUUUAAUAACACUAUUACCAAUAAUAUUUGUAAUAUUUAAACAAUAA